CAUGUAUUCCCUAUUGGCUGUUAAGUUUGUUAAGUAAGAGUGUAGCCUCCUGGAAUGGAAGAGGCACGUAGCCGAGGUCGAGGACGACCCCGGGGGCGUGGAAGAGGUCGGACUAAAAGCAAGAGCGGUGGAUCUCGAAAUGUUCGCCGUAAAGUCAAGGAUGAAGAGGACCUCUAUGAAGUUGGUGAUGAUGAGCAGCUGCAGCAGGAAGAACCACAGGAAGCCAAUGAGGGUAGUAUUAUUGAAAUGGAUGAUGUGCUUCUGGAAGAAGUGGCAUCGUUCAGCAUGCUGGAUCGAGGAAAGAUCACAGAAGCCAUGAAAGCAUUGUCUUGGGACCAUCGCAUCAACCUCAUUGGAGAGAAAGUCCUCAAUCCCAUGAUUCAUUGCUGUGGGAAGUGCUUCCGUCCCAUCCUGAUCUAUGGACGCAUGGCAAGUUGUUUUCAGAGUUUUCUCUUGAUCCCCUGCAAGCAUGUCUUUUGCCUGGCAUGCAGUCAGAAGGAGAAGCAUUUUUGUGGGCGAUGUAAGGAGAAGGUUGACAGAAUUGAACAUGCUGGCUUGGGCUCCAUUUAUAUGUGCACUCAUGGAGGCACACGUUAUGGAACAUCUGGAUGCAGGAGGACAUACAUGUCUCCUAGGGACCUCCAGGCUCACUUCAAUCAUCGCCAUGUCAGGAGCAAUCGGGAUCCUAGUACCUCAACUUCUCGCCCCCCUCCUCAGCCUUCAUCACUUUCCAAGACAGAGUCAAAGCCAUCACCAGCUGAUAUGACAUCAGCUGCUGCUGCUGCUGUUACUGCAACUGCACCCCGAAUGGACCCACGAAAUGCACCACCACCUACUGCCUACCAUCACCCUAUGCAUCAUUAUCCAAGCCCACAACAACCAUCUCCCAUCCCGGUUCUCACAUCUCGGACGAGUAACUUGAUUACUGUACCAAUUCAGGAUUCCACUCCGGUUCAAGAUGUGACAACGUAUCACCACCCAUAUAGCAAGCCAACACCGGUUCCCCCUGCUCCAUAUCCUCAGUACACACUAGCACCCAGCACUUAUGCACCAACACAGUAUCCUCCUCCUCCUCCAUCCAUGUCAUAUCCACCACCUCCCCAUGGCACUUAUUCCACUCCUCCCAUGUGGCCUCCUCCCACACAAGCGCAGCACUUGGUUCAACCUCCCAGGACUAGUACUCACUCCCAGUAUUACUGAGGAUAUUGGUUUAUUCUCAUAUUUUUUUGUACAUGUAGUGCCAGAGGCAUUGAACUUGAAAGAACAUCAGUGUAAAUGAAAUUCUGAUUUCAGCUAUUGCAUUCAUCCCACACAGGAAGGAAGCUUGAUCCCAGAGUCAGUUGACUGUGUUGGUGUCUUUUGGUGCCAAUGUAUAUCAAUCUGCUGUUCUUGGAUGCUAAAGGCAUGUUUUGAUUCCAAUAUACUGAAAGUUAUUGGACCA